AUGCCUACCUUCCAAUCCAAGACGUAUCGCCGGGCGACCACGGCCUCUUCCUCCCUUGGAGAAAGGCUUGGCGCUUUCUACCGCGCCCGGCUGGCCCGGCACCCAUUUCUUCUGUUCGGGUUCCCGUUUAUCGCAAUCAUCGUCGCCGGUUCCUUCGCCCUGACCCCCGCCGCUGCGGUGCGCUAUGAGCGCUACGAUCGCAAAGUCAAACAACUCAGCCAGGCGGAAGCAAUGGAUCUGGGUCUGAAGGGGUCGGACGGGGAAGAAGGAAUCAAGCGGAACCCGCGAAGGCGCAUUGUCGGGGACGAGAAAGAGGAAUACUACCGGCUCAUGGCCAAGGACCUGGACAGUUGGGAGCAGAAACGGGUGCAGCGAUUCCAGGGCGAGCCGGACGGGCGGCUGUAG